AUGCAAGCACAUCCUCAGACUCAAGAAUCCGCCGACGUAACUCCCGUAAAAGAGGUGGCGCCAUUCCUGCGCAGUCUUCGCCGCAUGCUAGACACUGAGAGCCCGUAUAUCGUGCGGUGGACACCCGACGGCAAAGCCUUCGAAAUCUACGAUAUAAUCGCCAUUAGUGACUACGUGCUUCCAAAGUACUUCAAGCACUGCAAAAACGCCAGCUUUCAGCGCCAGCUCAACUACUUUAACUUCCGCAAAUGGACCAAGUCACGCGCGGUAGUGUGCACUUUCUCCAACCAGUUUUUUCAGCGAGACCAGCCGGCUUUAAUGUGGCGCAUUAGACGCAAGCACUCACUAUCGCUAACAAAGGAUUUAACUUUUCGAAGCAACGUCCGAAAGCAUGAAGAACAAGCUCCGUUGGCUUUACCCACACCUGGUCUGCAACUCUUCAAGCAAUUCGACCCUGUGGUAACAGUGCAAACCACGGUGGGGCUGGAAAGAAUUGAUGGUGAUACAUCAUUGGCCUGGAUUGAUGCUCUGUAUUCGGAGCUGGACUUGGGCGGCCAGCUCGAUGACAAUGAUCGAGUCGGUCCUGACUACUCUCUCUCGACAGCGCUACUCUCACUUUAG